AUGGGUCGACGGUGGCUGUUCGGCGCGGCGUGCGUCGCGGGUGCGGUGGUCGCGGCGACGGCGCGAGAGACGCCGGGCGUGAAGCUGCUCAACGCGAACUACGCGAACGAUGACGCCGGCGGAAUCGCGACGGUCGCGCGCCGAAAGUUGCUCCAGAGUGAGACACCCAUCUUGGAUUGGUUGAUUUCUCGUCAGCCAGGGCGAACGACGUCGACGCCCAUCUUGGAUUGGUUGACGCGCGUCUCGAGCUCGUCGGACGAAUCCAGAGCAACGCCCGUGCUCGAUUGGUUCAACGCGCGUUCGUCCGGUGAUGCGCCGACGCCCUUCUUGGAUUGGAUGCUCGCUCGGCAAUCUAAUGGCGAUACAGGGACUCCCGCAUUAGACAUGAUUCUCGACUUUUUCAUCGACACGAGCGAUACUCUGUUUGGCUCGACGCUCACUUGGUCUCAGCGCGUCACAAACAGAGUGUCCACCUUCUUCUUCUCCGAGCUCCUUCGGUUCGACUUGACACCCACGGAGGAACGGCAAGCAGCGAAUGAAAAUCGCCAAGCAUUGGAGUCUACUACUUGGAAUUCAACGUUUUCUAGAGAUUUAUUCAAUUUCGUCGAGGGUGCGACCGAUGCGCAGACUUUCGGUUUUGAACAUCUGAACAUGACCAAAUUCAUCGAGAACGAUGUAUGCGGAUCCGACUUCUUGCGAGGUGAUCUCAAUUCUACGAUCUUGGACGAUGCGUAUUGGCAAGCAUCUUCGUUCUCAUCCGCGAACAUCCCUAAGGGAUGCUACACUGGUUGCAUCAUUGGAUCUGGAUCCUACGAAGCCUUAGCGCGAGCGUACGGAGUUCGUCGAACGUUCAACCUGAACUCCUGGAAAGGAAAGUGUUUCGACGAAAUCGAUCCGUCGAGCGUGACGAAUUUGAUUCAGCUCAACUACGGCAAUCUCAUGGAGAGAAUUUUCCCGAGGCUCGAGACCCCGAUCGAGUUGUAUCCCGGUCGAGCCGAAGUCGCAGACAGCACGUUUCAAGAAGGACAAGAUUCCAUCGUCGUCGAUUACUCUACGUUCGAUCACGACUUCACGUACUUUCGCGAUGAACUUCGUCCCAUCUACACCAAUGUCUACCUCGGAAAGAUGUACGCGAUGCCUGGAAUGAGCAUGUUUGGUGGCGUCUUCUCCGUUCCGCUGGGCGCUCAGCCGGUCUUCACGGUGAACUUCAUCCUCGUCGGCAACGGACAAACGACGCCGCCGCUCGUUCUCGUUGACUGA